CUGAUCGACCAACUGAUCGACCCACUGAUCGACCAACUGGUCGACCAACUGGUCGACCAACUGAUCGACCAACUGAUCGACCAACUGAUCGACCAACUGAUCGACCAACUGAUCGACCAACUGAUCGACCAACUGAUCGACCAACUGAUCGACCAACUGGUCGACCAACUGAUCGACCAACUGAUCGACCAACUGAUCGACCAACUGAUCGACCAACUGAUCGACCAACUGAUCGACCAACUGAUCGACCAACUGAUCGACCAACUGAUCGACCAACUGAUCGACCAACUGAUCGACCAACUGGUCGACCAACUGAUCGACCAACUGAUCGACCAACUGAUCGACCAACUGAUCGACCAACUGAUCGACCAACUGAUCGACCAACUGAUCGACCAACUGAUCGACCAACUGGUCGACCAACUGAUCGACCAACUGAUCGACCAACUGAUCGACCAACUGAUCGACCAACUGAUCGACCAACUGAUCGACCAACUGAUCGACCAACUGAUCGACCAACUGAUCGACCAACUGAUCGACCAACUGAUCGACCAACUGAUCGACCAACUGAUCGACCAACUGAUCGACCAACUGGUCGACCAACUGAUCGACCAACUGAUCGACCAACUGAUCGACCAACUGAUCGACCAACUGAUCGACCAACUGAUCGACCAACUGAUCGACCAACUGAUCGACCAACUGAUCGACCAACUGAUCGACCAACUGAUCGACCAACUGAUCGACCAACUGAUCGACCAACUGAUCGACCAACUGAUCGACCAACUGAUCGACCAACUGAUCGACCAACUGAUCGACCAACUGAUCGACCAACUGAUCGACCAACUGAUCGACCAACUGAUCGACCAACUGAUCGACCAACUGAUCGACCAACGGAUCGACCAACUGGUCGACCAACUGAUCGACCAACUGAUCGUCUGA